UCAGCCUCCUAUGACAUUACACAUUACGCUGCUUACAGUUUCAUUUUUAGAAUAGGAUUCUGUGAUUCUGUCCACGAAGUGUAUGCUGGUGAGCUACCAUUUUCCCAGCGUAUGAGAUGUUUGAGACUUGUCCACAAAGCCAUCCCAGUUUUCUUCGACCAGCUGCCCCUCCCUCACAAUAGCCCCCUGUUCCCAGCACAGCCCGACAUGUAUCUUAAUGCGGUCAACAUCUAGCGACUGAGCUGCCAUUCACUCUGAACUAUAAUGCUUCUAUUAGCGGCCUCAUCAUACGCCCGUUCCGCCUCCCCGAGAAUCAAUAACCCGCAAACAACGUGAUUUCUUUCUUGCCACGACACUCGCCAACGAGAGAGCCUUUUGUACACAUGCCUUGUUUUAUGGCGUUGGAAUGUUGGAAUAGAUUUUGGCCCCCGUCUGCACUGCGGAGUAGAUGGGGUCGGCUCUCUCAUAGCGUGUGCUAUCAGACUGUGUCGUUGGGGUCAGCUCGUCGCUGACACAGAAAUGACAGUUUGUAUUACCGAGAGACACACUUCAUGCAGUCAUAUCCUCUUUUUAUGUGUGCAGAGGUUUGAAUCACGAAUACAUGCAUGCCUUGGGACUGCCUGCAAGUUGUUUAUAUAAAAUUGAAAACACAAAACCUUGCUAUGAUUGUUACGUUGAUGUGGUUAUGAAGCAUAAGCGAACUUUCAGUCUCAGUUUAAUGAUGGUAUUUUACUUAAAUCUCUUUUUAAUUCAUAUAAAAAGUAAGCUUGGACGUUCCAGUACAUUUCAGUGUAUACUGUUAUCUUAUGUAUUUUAUAUUUAUAUGUGUGCAUAUUUCGUUUUCCACCUUUUACAGAUUCACUUAGACAUUCACUUAUUAAUUGUGCACCUUAAGACCAGGGCAUUUAUUAAAAUAAAGUUAUGACGUAAAUAGGUUCCAAUCUGAUUUCAUGUUAUCUUUGAAGGCAGCGGAUUUAGCAAAGCCCUGACUGUUGCCGUAAAUAAUGCCAAAUCAAGUCCAGCUGUCAUCCUGACCUGUACUUGUACUGCCAGUGCAGUGAUGAGAGCCAGAGUGCCCUGCCUGUCCCUGUACAGAGUCACUUGGAUCAAAAGCUCAGGCACCGACAGAUGAAGAGGAUUAUGGUCAUUGUUUUCUCCAACCUUUUCUCUUCCUUUGUGAUGAAUCAUUUAUACGGGCCUCUGGCUGACACUGUUGUUCAGUAGUAUCUUGUUCCAAGUUAUGGAUCAAUGUUUUUUAUACAUAUCACCCACUGUUUUUACUGCAGAAUUCAGUUUUCAUUUGGCCUAAUAUCAUGCUAUAUUAUAACCAGUUGAACCUAUUUUGUAUGGUUUUCUUUGUUUGAAAAAUUGUAUUAUGAAAAAAAUUGCAUUGUCGGUUAAAGGCAACCAGUCUUAUGUUUUGUGAAUUUUUCUGCUUUUGAAUGUUAGAAAAGUAAGGGUCAUUAUUUAAGUUUUUUUUUGCACACAAAAAGUGUUCAUCAAAUUACAGUUGAACCACUGAUUAUUUUAAUAAUUUCCUUACUAUUUUUCUGGAUGCUGCUGUCUAUGCAGUGUCAAAAAGCUAUUGAAUUUAAUCAAAGAUAUCUUAACAUCUGUUCUCAAGAUGAAUGAAUGUCUUACUGGUUUGGAACUACAUGAGGGUGAGUAAUUAAUGACAGAAUUUUUUACAUUUCUGUUUAAAAUAUUAAUUGUAAAAAUUAUUAUCUUACCUGUUUGUAAAUUAGAUUUUAGAUUACCUGUUCAUAGUACUUUGUGUUCCUGCAGCCCAGAUGGGAUAUCAAAUUUAGUCAUUCCCAAGCUCAGGCCUAGGACAACAAUUACAGUUGCCCACCGCCCUUUUUUGGCAUCCCUGCUAGCAACAGCAAGGUUGUGGGUUCAAUAUGGUCUUGCGGCAAUGGAGGGAUGCUAACAGAUAGCUUUCUCUGGGAAUUAUAGACCUCCUUGUGUACAGUCAGUAAGGACAAAGUUGCGCAAGUGUUAUCUGUUUAUUGUCUCUUUUUUUCCAGGCACCCUUUUUUGUCAUCACAUUCAGUUCAGGACUGCAAGCUCACCACUCAGCUAAAAUAUGAAAUUGUUUCGCCACGGGGCUUGAACAUUCAGCGGCAGUGCAGCUGUGCAGGAAACAUUGGCUGUCAUUCUCGUAAUCCCUUUGUAUUUUAUGAGCUCCUCUAGUUGUAAUUAUGUCUAGCAAACUUGUCAGUAAAACUGGUGAAGAUCUGCAUUUCUGAUUGUGUUAUAGCAGACUCGGGCGAUAAUAUCCUUCCAGGGGAAUGAAACCCCCCUCUCCCGUAGUCUCUUAAUUUGUUCCUGUUUGUUGCACCAUGUCAGCUGUUGUGAGGGAGGGUCCUGGCUAACUGAAAUGCCUGGCAACUGUAACCAAGGGGCAGGCAUUGCUGUGCUUGGGCACUGGUCUGUGUAAGUGACUUGAAGCAGGAAAGAAAACGAGAGCGAGGAAUAAUAAAACACUGAGCUGUAGGAGACAACGGGAGAGAUGGAAGUCUUUGAUUAUUUUUGAAUGGGGAAACAUCUUCAGGGUGUGCAGGAAGAAGAGGAUAAUGAGAAAAGCGGGAGAACAUUGGAAGGAAAGAGAGGGGGAGAGGGAGAGAGAGAGAGAGAGAGAGAACAGUGUGCUGGGAGGAGUUGUGUGAGAAAGAGGACCUCAGGUGCCGCCAAAAGGGGGAGGGAGGAGAGUUAGAGAGCGAGCGAGAGCGGGAGAGAGAGGGGAAGGAAGCAGGGAGCGAAUGUGAUCGAGAGGCACAGUGGAAGAGAGAGCGAGACUGUGAAGGGGGAGAGAAAACUGUGAGCCACUCACAGCAUCUCUGAGCACCAGCAGUGAGGGGCUGCUCUCUUUUCCAUGGCUUGUUUCUGAUUUGCCGCACAAUUUGGAAUAGUCUAGCUGUUCUCAUCUUUUUGCUUGAAUUCUUGAUUUCAAAGUGCGUUUUGCACUGUGCACGCUCGGUGGGAGUCGCUGUCAACCUGCUUUGGCUCACAGGUCGCUGAGAGCUGACAAGGACAGAAGCGGUACGUAGAGCUUCCAAUUUGGGAAACGGACUGAGUAUUUCUGUGGACACUUUAUGGAAUGUGUCACAAAGAAGUUGGAGAAGAAGCAAAGAGGUCUACUCCAGAAGGAAAGAAGCUGGGCAUGUACAACUAAUUGCAUGCAGAGGUUGGACUAAAUGUUGGACUGAAACAAAGGACAUGUGGAUUUAAGACCUGUCCACAUGCGAUCAGAGGGGACUUCUUCACAUAAGCAGCUAUAUACCUGUUUUGGAAAACACAGGUCAAUCCUUUUUUACGUGACCUGCUUUUAUCCCAUGCACAGUGAAUGUUCAUGAAAAGUAAACGGAUUGGCAGCAAAUAAGACCAAAGCCGUCACUGUGGCCCCCCAGAACACGAUCUUGAAAUUUUGAUUAGUUCCGUUUUGCCUCACUCAGACUCCCGCAGGCUAUGAGCGGUGCUCUGUGCAGCGAUAGCUCUGGAAACUCUCAUACGCUGUUCUGUGUUUGUCUAGAGUGUCUGUGUUUUGAUUUGGACUAUAGAAACCCGAAGGGGGUCGAGACAGUGGCCAAGAGGACAGUAUUCCAGAAGCAAAACAUGGUGCAUGUUAUUGUUUGCUGACAAACUAAUAGGAACAGAUAUUUUGGAGACUUUUGCAACUCUUACUAUUAAAUUUUUGUGGACUCAGGAGAAGCCCCUUCUACAGUCCUGCUCAUUUUACCCUUGAGAGGACCGCUUAAGGAAUUGGUUGACUUCGCUGCAGGUGCUGUGGACAAUAUUGCCAACUGGCCUUCAGCACAGAUAUGCAACCCUUUUGUUUCCAGCAGCCGUAGUUUUGUGUGCUGAGAAAAUAUCUCUCCAUCUUACAAUUACUCCUAAGCAUGACUGAUUUCAGAGUACAAGGCACCUUUUUUCCUUUUUUUCACGGACUGUAUUGAUUUUUGCCAAUGCUCAAUUCAUUGAGAUCCAGUCAUGUGAAAGACCGAGGUAAAAGGGAAAAGACAGAAGAUUGAGAUUGAGGAAGCGGGAUCACAUUGCAGGCCUUCUGCACUGCAUUUCAGACAACGGAACCUUAUCCAAGUGGACAAGGUUCGGGACAAGGUUCAGGACAAUGAACCGGUCGGAGCUGAUCGAACUGGUCCCUACUGUGAACAGCAGCAUUAGUGGUCAUUUUGGUGUGUCCCUAAACCACUCCUGCCCCCUAGGCUGGGGGCAGAACAAGGUCGUGGAAGCUUGCGUCUUAGAGACUGCGGUCAUUGUAUUGCUGACGGUGCUCAUCAUUGCUGGGAAUUUAACAGUGAUCUUUGUAUUUCAUUGUGCCCCGUUGUUACACCACUACACCACCAGUUACUUUAUCCAGACUAUGGCCUACGCGGAUCUCCUGGUGGGGCUGAGUUGCCUGGUUCCCACCCUUUCCCUGCUCCAUUACCCGGCUGGUGUCCAAGAGCCCCUCACCUGUCAGGUGUUCAGCUACGUCAUCUCUGUACUCAAGAGCGUUUCGAUGGCUUGUUUGGCUUGCAUUAGCGUGGACCGCUAUUUGGCUAUUACCAAGCCACUCUCCUAUAACCAACUAGUAACUCCAUGCCGCCUCCGCUGCUGCAUCGUUCUCAUAUGGAUCUACUCUUGCGUGGUGUUUCUCCCGUCUUUCUUUGGCUGGGGCAAGCCGGGGUACCAUGGGGAUAUCUUCGAAUGGUGUGCCCACUCUUGGCCCACUUCUGCACUCUUCACUGGCUUUGUUGUGUGCCUGCUGUACGCCCCUGCAGCCCUGGUGGUCUGUUUCACCUACUUCCACAUUUUCCGCAUCUGCCAACAGCACAACCGAGAGAUCAGCGAGCGACGGGCGCGCUUUCCCAGCCAGGAGAUGGAAACCGCCGAAGGGGGCAACCAUGCAGGCCACGGGCCAGACCGGAGGUAUGCCAUGGUACUCUUCCGGAUCACCAGUGUUUUUUACAUGCUUUGGCUCCCCUACAUUUUUUACUUCCUCCUGGAGAGCUCCCAUGUGCUGGACAGCCCUGCCCUCUCCUUUGUGACCACCUGGUUAGCAAUUAGCAACAGCUUCUGCAACUGCGUCAUUUAUAGCCUGUCCAACAGCGUAUUCAGGCUGGGGAUGCGCAGACUCUCACAGACGCUCUGCUCCUCCUGCUCUUUCAGCCCCUGCACUCACGAUGACAAGGACUUUGGAGAGCCAAAGCCACGAAAGAGAGCCAACUCCUGCUCCAUCUGAAGAACUCGAAGGGUUGCUUGGAUUAGUCACACGCUGCUAGGUGUUGUCGCAAUGGAUUUUAAUGUAAUUGGUCACUAGAAGAAACUACCAACAGUGAGGAUGAUAAAGUUUGUGUAAUAGUCAUGUGAUCUACAUUCUUGUGUAAAUAUUAAAAUAGCACCUUCCUUGGUCCUGUAAAUACCACAGAAUGGUCACUGGCCACAACUUAUUUGACCGCCUAGAGAUAUAUGCAGUUUUUAGAGCGUUUGUGAGCAAAAAAAAAAGCCAAGGGGUGGGUUCAAAGCUCUCGCUUGUGAUGGCUCUUUCCAAAUAUAGAGCACACUUGUUAUUUUUAGAGACAUUUACCCAUGUUGCUGGAUUGGUUGUUUUGAUGUUUGUUGAAUUAGUUUUGUGUCGCAGCUGUUACUGUAAAAACAGUUGCUUUACAAAAUGAUGAGAGCUAAAAGAUAGCUGGGCCUUCUCCUAGUGGCUUUUAUGGUACAGUGUAUCUUGAAUAAUCACAGGCAAUUCACGUCAGAAGCGAUGUAGCAAAGAACAAACAGCUUGGUCUGUGUUUAUUUUUUCAAAAUUUUCAUUCUAGAUCUGAUCUUUUUGUAGAAAAUCUUGAAAUGCCACAUGCGCACAAUAUCAACAAAUGCCUGUAAUAGUUGUGGACUGUAGUUUAGAUCCCCGGUGGUGUAAAGCCUUAGCUGUUUGUAAUUAGACCUAUUUGCCUGCAGUGACCCUUUGAGAAACAUGCAACACAGCAUGUUUUAUUUUGUAAUUCAUAUUUUUGCCAGAUCAGCUUUAACUUAACUUGACGUUCAUAUUACCUUAAGCUGAGCUUUUUUUCUCUCACUUUAAUUGUAUGAAUGUCCCAACGAUUUUCUUUUUAUUAGUCUUCAAAUUACAUUUUCGUUGCUAUUCAGUUUAUUUCUCACAAAGAGAUGUUGUUUAAUUAAUUUAUUUUUAUAUUUUUUUAAUGAGUUUUAAAAAGUUGAUGCAAAAAUAUAAUUGUUUUUCGAUUUAAAAUGCAUGUAAAUUGUACAAAUUAUUUUUUAAAUACCCCAAAAUGACGUACACAAAUUUUGUUUUCCUUUAUUUUGUUCUAGUUUAUACAUUCCAAUUAAUACAUCCCAGUUAUUUUCCAAAGAUUAAUUGAUUUUGUGCACAGUUGUUUUACUGCCUCAAUAUAUUUCUUGGCAUCUUCUACAGUGAGUAUUUUUAUGUUGUUAUGCAUCAGCCAUUAUUUUUCUAACAAAACAGAGAAUACAAUAUAUGGCUGCUUCUUUUUGAAUUAUAAUACCUGGGUAUUUUUUGGGGGGCAGAGUUAAACUCAUUGCUUGAGUCUAGUAUAUUGGUAGUUUAGUAAGGAACUGCUUUUUGUUGAAGAUUUUGUUAGUUUGUUUAUGCCUGUAAACUUUAUUUGCUGAUGGUUGUUACAGCCCUGUACAUGCUGAACUUCACAGCUCAAAAAGAAAAUCACAAUACAACAACUAGGCUAGUUGAUGUGCAUUAGAUAAUGAAGAAAAGAAAAAAGAUAGACUCACUUUCUUUCAAAUUAAAUGGUGAGGGUGUUCUUUUUUUAAUAACACAUUAAAGAGUAAAUUGACUAUUUAUUUAUUUAUUUUUCAAUGGAUAUGAAACUGAUAAAAUAGCAGUAUAUUCCUGUAUUCAUUCUGCUGAUGACUCUAUAAUGUCUCUGUCCAUUUUUUUGUUCUUUAUUAGGAGAAUAAAAGAGCAUAAAAAUACAAUAUAUAAAUAUAUCUAUUUUUUUAGUUCGGAGACUUUUGUUUGUUUGUUUUUGUGAGACUUUGUUUUUUGCUGUUGCUGCCAGUACAAUAAAUGUGAACAGU